ACUCUUAGAUACUAGGAUGUCAGCACGUUAUGUACAGCCAGUUCGGUCUGAAAAGCCAAUUACCAUACUUAGCAUCGAUGGAGGUGGAGUCCGUGGAAUUAUACCUGCAACAAUACUUGCGUUCCUUGAAUCCGAACUUCAGAAACUCGAUGGAAAAGAAGCAAGAAUUGCUGAUUACUUUGACUUGAUAGCCGGCACAAGUACAGGAAGCCUUGUAACAGCAAUGCUAUCGACUCCCAAGGAAAACAAUCGCCCACUAUAUGCUGCAAAAGACAUCUGCCCUUUCUACUUCGGUGAGUGCCCAAAGAUAUUUUGUGAAGAAUCAAAAGUGCAUAGGCAAGCUACUAAACGGUACAAAUUCCCUUGGUCUGACGAUCCAAACUGGCUAUCAGAAGUGACAUGGAAAAAGAUUGCCAGUACAGCAUAUGUAUCGGUCAAAUAUUUCAUGGCGUGGUUACCCACAGUGGUGUUUCAUCCUAAAUAUGACGGAAAAUACUUACGGAUGAUAACGAAGGACAUUCUUGGAGGAAGAAAACUGAACGAAACGUUGACGAAUGUGCUAAUCACGAGUUUUGAUAUUAAACUUCUCCAUCCGAUCAUUUUCUCCUCUUUUCAGGUCCGUUCAGAUGCCACCAAGGUCGUAUUGCUCUCUGACGUAGUAAUUAGCUCAUCAGCAGCACCUUAUUUUCUCCCCCCACAUUUUUUCCGUACCAACACGGCCAUAUACAACCUCGUUGAUGGCGGGGUUGCAGCUAAUAAUCCUACAUUGCUUGCAAUACGUGAAGCGACAAAGAUAAAUGGUAACCAGCAAAACUCAUAUUAUAGUUCUCAAGAUUAUAGCAAGUACCUAGUUUUGUCUUUAGGCACCGGGUCUGCCAAAAGACAAGGAUAUGAAGUACAAAAGAGCCAGUGGGGUUUACUUGAUUGGUUUGCUAGUGAUAAAGGCACUCCUCCAUUACUUGAUGUCUUCUGUAAUGCCAUGGAUGAUAUGGUUGAUAUUUACUUGUCCUUGAUCUUCCCAACCCAUCUUAACUGUAGCCGAAACUAUCUCCGAAUCCAGGAUGACAACAUGAAGGCUAAUGAAACCUCAACAGAUGAUUCAAGCAUGGAAAAUAUGUUGAGGUUAGAGAGGAUUGGAAAAGCUCUCUUGGAGAAACGAGUUUCAAUGACAAACUUGGACACUGGUUUACAAGAACCUGUCCAAGGGGCACGUUCUAAUAAAGAUGCCUUAAUCGAAUUUUCUGGAAGAUUAUCAGCAGAAAGGCGACGACGAAUGGCCACUGUUAACUAUUGAUAUGUUCGACAGCAACAUUAAGAAACCCCAAUUAUGGAGAGUUUUGGACAUUAUAUAUGUCAUUAUAGGAACCGUACGUCACUGACUCUACCCUAGCAGCCUAGCUAGCUAGCAGUCACCUUACAAAGAUAAAUAAUGCCGUCAAAUUGCAUUAUGUUGUAGGGGAGGAUGUUGUCACACCUCUUGAACCUCCACUGACACUAUCUAGUUACCAUCAAAUCAGUCUGAAAGUGUAAUUAGGUUUCCUCUUCAGUUAUAUCCUCAUUUUCAAAAAAAGAAACCUUCUUCUGCUGUUGGUGUGGUUGAUAAAGUUUUGAUAAGGUUUCUUCUUCUGUUGUAAGUGUCGUGUCUUUCUCGGUCUCUUGCAAGAACAAGCACACAACGGUGAUGUCAUCCACUUUCGAAGAAGGGUAAUAACGUUUCCAUGCUACAGUGGCUGCUUGCACAAUUGUUUGUGCUGCCUCUUCCUUGUUCUUCACCGCCCAUAUAAUUGAUGAAACCUCCUCGUUACUAAGGACAUCCCACACCUGCAAAAAAAAUAAAAAAUAAAGUCACAUACACAAAUUAAAAAAAAAAAUGCGAAUGAACGCCCAGCUGAGGCAGUUAAAGAAUUGCAGUUAUCAGAGUAAUGGAAUCCAGCCAGCUUACUCCAUCAGUGGCAAGAACAAGAAACUGAUCUUGUAUGGUUAAACGCUGGUGUGUUAUCUGAGGGAUUGCAAUUACGCCGUAAUCCUUGAGAUAGAAGUCUCCAAAAGCUCGUGUCAUAGCAAGGCUCAUGUACUCCGCGGAGGCUGACCAAACACGAUGAACAUUUGGUUCAUCCUUAUUCGGGAUAGUCCUUCCCCCGCAUUUUCUUAUUCUUUCUGCUUCCUCUGCUCAAGCAACAGAUUCAAACCAAUCAUAAACACUAUAUAUGAGUACCUAAUAUUUGAAA